AGCAGUCGAUGCCCUAAGGAAUUUAACUUACAAGGCGGAAGAAGCAAAGCUGAUAACUCAACUGGUGGAGAUGGAUGCUAUUAAUUAUGCUCUUUUCGAGUAGGCAUACGCUUCGUCUUUGGAUAUGAGUAAGUUUUUGGACCGUUAUGAGAUGUUAAAGCUUCUUAAGGGACCAUAUGAUGUGGAUGGAGAGUCGAUGGUCAUCAAAGCUGAAUCCAAUGGCAAUUACCAUGAGUUAUGGGCUGAAAAACUACCGAGAAUGUACCAAAAAUGGGCUGAGAAGCAAGGUUAUUGAGGGAGGAUUGUAGAGAAGCAUUGGGCAACGAAUGGUGGAAUCACUUCUGCAACGGUUGAAUUUGAAUUUGAUUAUGCAUAUGGUUGUCUUCAAGGGGAGCGGGGUGUUCAUCGAAUGAUAAGUGGUUCAGAAACUGGAUCAACAAUUGAUGAGGUUAGCCUAGCAGCUGUCGAUAUAAUUCCUCUGUUCCGUGGUUCGGCCCCUGACCUAAAAAUUAGUGAGGAGGAUUUGCUAAUCUUGUGCCCAUCGUCAUCGCCUGAAGUAAAAGUCAUUGAAGGCCGGUCUGGAGUUGUUAUUCAGCAUGUUCCUACUAGUUUUGUCGUCCAAUCUUCGGGUGAAAGGAGCAUUUUUGCAAAUAAGAUUAAGGCCCUCAACCGGUUGAAGGCUAAACUUCUUGUCGCAGCCAGCGAUGUAGGGGUUCCAGGCAUAAAUGGCUUCAAGAAAGAAAAUGUGUUCGACAUAUGGUGAGACGAGGUCUGAAGAUACGUUCUUUACCCUCGCAAGCAUGUGAAAGAUGUAAGAAGUGGUGUUGAAAUGCCUGACCUGUAUUCUAUUUUGGACGGUAAUAUAGAACCUCUGAUUGGAGCUCAUAUCCAGAUGAGACUCUCAAAUG